CCGGGGCCCGCGGCGGCCGGCGGGCGGUGGGUCGGGGUCGGGCCCAGCCCGGGUCCCCCGCACCCCCGCAGGCGGCAGGAUGAUCAAGCUGUUCUCGCUGAAGCAGCAGAAGAAGGAGGAGGAGUCGGCGGGGGGCACCAAGGGCAGCAGCAAGAAGGCGUCGGCCGCGCAGCUCCGCAUCCAGAAAGACAUCAACGAACUGAACCUGCCCAAGACGUGUGAGAUUGACUUCUCGGACCAGGACGACUUGCUCAACUUUAAACUAGUCAUCUGUCCCGAUGAGGGCUUCUACAAAGGCGGCAAGUUUGUGUUCAGUUUUAAGGUCGGGCAGGGUUAUCCCCACGACCCCCCCAAGGUGAAAUGUGAAACCAUGGUAUAUCACCCCAACAUCGACCUGGAGGGCAACGUGUGCCUCAACAUCCUCAGAGAGGACUGGAAGCCGGUCCUGACGAUAAACUCAAUAAUUUAUGGACUGCAGUAUCUCUUCUUGGAGCCAAACCCCGAGGACCCUUUGAACAAGGAGGCGGCCGAAGUCCUGCAGAACAACCGGCGCCUCUUCGAGCAGAACGUCCAGCGCUCCAUGCGUGGCGGCUACAUCGGCUCCACCUACUUCGAGCGCUGUCUCAAAUAGA